UCAUUUCAACUAAGUUUAGGUCAUCAAUCUUCAGUCGCUAUACCCUAAACUUUUCAAGUUGUUAAAUAUUCUCCUCGAUCAAUCUUUUCUGAGAUAUGGGUAUUCAAUUGAUGGGGAUUGCUCAUGCUAAACAAAAGCUUCAACGAAGUCUUUCAACUAAAAUUGCAAGUAUUUUGGCUACUUCUCAUAAUAUUCCCAAAGGUCACAUUGCUGUCUACGUUGGAGAAGGCUACAGAAAGAGAUUUGUUAUUCCAAUAUCCUACUUGAAUCACCCUUUGUUCCUGGAGUUGCUAAAGCGUGCAGAGGAAGAGUUCGGUUUCGAUCAUCCAACGGGAGGUCUUUCAUUACCCUGCACUGAAGAGUAUUUCUCUAGUCUAACUUCAGUUUUAAGUUGCUCGUAAAAACAAAAGCUUCCGUUGCCAGAAUUCUUCUCUCAUGUCCAAUUGGGUUUCCAUUUCUAUUUGUCCACCAAUUCUUUUCCUCCUUCCGAAGUUGUAAACAGUUUGAGACAUCAAUUCUGUCUCAGUUUAGUUUUUCCUUCUAGCAUUUUGCUUAUUAAAUUCAAUUUUGUGUAGAUAUUAUGUAAGUUUGUAAUGACAUCUCCCUUGUAGAAUUUUGAAAGGAGUUGUUUGCUAACAAAAAAAAUCAACCCUUUAUUAA